UCCAUUGGUUUGGGAAUUUAAACUUGUUUAUCAUUUACUCUUGCUCUUAAAUCUCUUUCAAAGUUUUCAUUUUUCACUCAAUUGAAGAAUUCCCGAACAAGAUUCAGAGCAUUGUCCAUACUCCGCUUAAUUCUUCUCCACAGGUUUGCAAUUUGUUUCGAAUUAAGAUCAUCGGAAGUAUGAGACUAAAGAAGGGGGAUCAAGUGGAGGUGUUGAGCAAGAAGCAGGUUUCGGGUGGCUCGUGGAGUUGUGCUGAGAUUAUUUCUGGUAAUGGCCAUACGUAUAGCGUAAGAUAUCGUUCGUUUCCGAUGACGCCUGAGGAAGCAGUGGAGAGGGUUCCGAGGAGUGCGAUUAGGCCCUGUCCGCCCCCGGUCGAAGGGCCAAAUGUUUGGGCCGCUGGUGAUCUUGCCGAAGUAUUCCACAAUUUCUCAUGGAAACAAGCAAAAAUAAUUAAGAUUGUUGGAGUUGAUAGCUACAUAGCAAGACUACUUGGAUCACCAUUAGACGUAAUGGUUUGCCAAUCUCAUCUGAGAACUCGACAGGCUUGGCAUGGUGGCAAAUGGUUUGUCCUUGGGAAGGCGCCUGAACUUUCAGGUUUAUUAUCUAGAAAGAGGCAGACAAGUGUAGGGAAUGAGCCAAACAUAUUGAAAAGUAAGGAUCGACAGCUAGUGGUGGUGCUUCCUACCAGACCACAAAAAAGGCAAUUGCCUAGAAAUUCCGAAGAUCAAAGAGUAUCUAUCAAGAAAAGGAAAGUCGCUGAAAAAGAUGUUAGGUAUUUGCCUCUAUUAGCAAGAACUACCGAUGAUAUGUAUUUACCCCAAGAGUUGCAUAGGAUUAGGUCGAACUCGCCCUUUCCUACUGAAAAUAUCGAAGUCUCUACAGGUGAUGUUGGUUUGAGAGAGGGCAACCUCAUUCCAGGAACCUCAACCCACAGUUACACGGAUAGUUGUGCAUCUUCUGUUGGUAGUAAUAGUUCCACUGAUGAUUUUUUCAAGGUUCCAUUUAUUUCUGUAGCUCAUCAUAGUAAUAAAGUUGAGGAUGAGGAUUACUACAGUGAUGCUGAAUCAUCUACAGGAUGGGGACAUGGAGAAGGAGAUUCAAGCUCUAAUGAAGAAGUAGUAUCUAAAUCCCACAGCCCAUGGCACUUCAUUUGAGGAACAUAUGGGCACUUUCCCCUUGAUAAGAUAUGGAAUAAUUUGGAGGCUUUGUGGGCUUCUGGAGAGUCUCAAGAUGGUGACUGGAUUAUAUUCAGCCCCACAAAUAUGCAUACGGCAAGCCACUUGAUGAGUAAUCUCUUGCUUUUUGAGGCUUUCUUGGAGUGAGUAAUUUAAUCAUGUUUGAUACCACUAGAGAUGAAACUUGAUAACUGAAAUGAAUUAGUUCUACGAAAAAAACUUUAAAAAAACCCAGCAUCUAAACAUUUUUCUGCAUUAUGUUGUAGAACUUAAAUUAAACACUGGUUAUAUAGAGACUCCUGAUCAAAAUCUAGCCUCCUCUCUCUCUGUCUUGUGGGGUUGCAAUUCAUUUGGGUUACUCUGAAAACCAGGUAAAAGUAAAUUCUCUGUAGGAUGCAACUGCUAUUAGAUUGUUGUAUGGUUUGAAACACUGAAGAAAGUCUGCAGUUGGGGAAGGAGAGUGUUCUUUUUAUAAAGUAACUAAAAACUUUAUGCUGUAGAAAUUUGUAUUGUGAAUAACAUUGUGGCUAAGAUCUUUUCAGGGGGAAAGUCCACAGGUUUUGAUGGGCAAUUACCUGUCCCCAUCACAUUGCAUUACUGAAGUGAUGAAGAGAAGCAUUAUGUUUGUUCUAUCUGCAAUCUACCAAACAGCUGAUGAUUUUGUCAGCGAACAGAGAUAGCUUUGAUCUUUCAUAAUCCUCUUCUGAUCAGUUGGUAAAGGAACUGGGUAAGGAGAAGAAUAGCAGAUCUAAGUAGCUUAUCUAUCGCUGAUGAUGAAUGUCGAAUUUUCUGCUCGUCAAAUUCUUAUUGUUGGGAAAUCUGUUGGAUGAUUAAAAUUUGAUUUGUCUGGAAAGAAUGAUUUAGUUUUCUGAAGCUGCUGAGCAACUCAAAAUGAAAGAUUAAGAUUAAGCUUCAAAGUUCAAUGAGAAUGCUCAGCUUCUCAUUGUUGCAGGCAAAGGCUUCAGGCCAGAGUCAGCUGCUGAUUUUGUCUCAGGCAUUGCUUCCUUCUCCACUGCUUGUGAAUUUGAUUACAUGUAAAUUCUUCUGUAAAUUGGUUCAAUCUUCAAACUCUUGAUUUAUUCUCAUGUGUCUGUUUAUUAACGUUUGAAAUAUGUUUAAGAAUAAUGUAGGACAGAAGAAUUAUCUCAUGGAUGAGGGAUGAUGUGAGUUUUUAUUAAUGAUGAAAUUGAUUAUUAA